UGAAAAUUUAUGUUUGACAUUGGCAAAAACCUCCACCGCCGUCCCCUCACCUCAAAAACUACGUGCUUUACUCUAUCGCUAUGAGCGUGGCUUUUUUUUCCUCCCCUGUUGAGGGAAUUAAGCCACUGCGUGGCUAUGAGGUAUAACGGACCACGUGAGCACCAUAUUUAAGCACCUAAAACAUCAUGCCAUGUCGCCAGCAUGGUAUGAUCAAGUAACCACAGAAAAUGCAUCUCAGCAACCAGUGCAAGCAAAGUUGCGAAAAUUUUCAUCAUUUCAAAGUCAAACGCCACCAUGGAAGCAACGACUGAAACGAAUGCUCCCGUCCUACGUUCCGAAGAGGAAGAAUCCUUGAUCCGGCAAAUCUCGAACCUGGACCUACGAAUCAAGCAAAUGAAGAAAAUUACAGCCAUGCCGCCGAACAUCCGGAUCAAGAUUGAAACGUUGAAAAAGAUUCAGCUGGACCUGUUGGAAAAGGAAGCCGAGUUCCACCAGAAGGUGCACAUGCUCGAGGUUGAUUUUCAGAAGCACUACGAAGAGAUGUACGAAAAGCGCCGGCAGAUCGUCAACGGUACGUAUAUUCCGAAACUGGAAGGUAUUCCGGAACCGUCGGAUGACGCAGCAGAUCAGGCCCAAGGUUUGCCGGAGUUUUGGUUGACUGUGUUCAAGAUGACACCCGUUCUGCAAGCGAUGAUUCGGGAGGCGGACGAGGAUGCUCUGAAGCGGCUGAUCGACGUCAGGGUCCAGGUCAAAAACGAUCCUCAGCCAUCCUUUGUGCUUCAGUUCGAAUUCGAGCCCAACGAUUAUUUCAACGAUCGCAUUCUGGAGAAGAAAUAUCUUAUGAAAUGCUGCCCAAGCUCGGAGAAGCCGUUUGCGUUCAACGGUUUUGAAAUCCACGACACCAUCGGUCAGGAGAUAAACUGGAAAGAGGGGGCCAAUCUGACCAAGCUGGCUGUCGAGGACAAAGACGGCCAAAAAGUUGAGAUGGUGACCAACAGCUUCUUCAACUUCUUCAACCCAAAACCUCUGUUCAUGACGGAUCCCAUUCUGAGUGUGCAGUUCUUGGAAACGGACUUCGAGAUCGGCUACUACAUCAAGGAACGAGUCAUCCCGCGGGCUACACUUUUUUACAUCGGCGAAGUGGAUGACGAUUUGGACGAUAUUUCGGAUUCGACCGACGGGGAGAGCCUCCGAGGUGUUACCAGCAUAGAAUCGGACAAGGGCGCGGUUUCGAAGCAUGCCAACAGCGAAGAGGAUACUUCAAUGAAGGGGUGAUCGUCUACAAACUUAUUUUAUGUUUUAUGAUCAUUGUUGAAUAAAGAUGUUUUAUAAGUUCUGUACCAAAGCA